CGUCACUCACACCGGAUCACAAACCCAAAACUUUUUUCUCUGUCACUGUCCCUCUCACCCCCUUUCCCUCAUCCCUCUGCAAAACCCUAAACCCAGCCUCCAUUUCUCUCUCUCUCUCUGAAAGCCAUGUCUCUUCUAUCUCGCCUUCGCCACGCCGCCCUCACCAGCCAUGCCCGCCACCUCUCCACGGCGGCCCCACUCUCCUCAAAGGACAAAACUAGGACCGCCAUCGCCCUCCUCAAAUCCGAGAAAGACCCCUCCAAAAUCCUUGAAAUCUGCAAAUCCGCCUCCCUAACUCCCGAAUCCCACCUCGAUCGCAUUGCCUUCUCCGUCGCCAUCAACCGCCUCCGUGACGACAACCACUACGACUUCAUCCGCCAGUUCCUCGACGACCUCUUCGCCUCCCGUUCCGAUCUCAAAACGCAGCGAUUCGCCUCCCACGCCAUCAUCCUCUACGGCCAGGCCGGCAUGCCCGACCACGCCGUCCGCACCUUCGAGCGCUGCCAUGAAUUGGGGAUUCCUCGGAACGUCAAGACGCUCAACGCGUUGCUGCUGGCCUGUAUAUUCUCCAGGAAUUACAAGGAGGUGAACCGGGUUUUUAUCGAGUUCCCGAAGAUUUACGGGAUCCAGCCCGAUUUGGAGACUUACAAUUACGUGAUCAAGGCGUUUUCGGAGGCGGGCACCACCAGCUCCGCCUACUCGGUGCUGGCGGAGAUGGAGAGGAAGAAUGUGAAGCCGGAUGCCAAUACUUUCGGGCAUUUGCUCACCGGAUUUUACACCGAAAUGAAGUUUGAAGACGUUGGGAAGGUGACAAAUUUGAUGGAGAAGCACGGGUUUCAGCCAGGGCUUUCUACUUACAACAUUAGGAUCAAGAGUUUGUGUAAAUUGAGGAGGUCUUCCGAGGCGAAAGCGUUGCUGGACGGGAUGCUUUCGAGGGGGAUGAAGCCGAAUGCAGUCACGUUUUGCCAUUUGAUUCAUGGGUUUUGCAAGGAAGGGAAAUUGGACGAGGCGAAGAACUUGUUUAAGAACAUGGUGAACCGCGGAUUUAAGCCGGAUGCAAACUGCUACUUCACUCUUGUGUAUUUCCUGUCCAAAGGUGGGGAGUUUGAGAGUGCAUUGCAGUUUGCUAAGGAGAGCAUUGAGAAGAAUUGGGUUCCGAAUUUCGGAACAAUGAAGUUGCUUGUGGACGGGCUGGUGAAGGCUUCCAAGGUGGCGGAGGCAAGGGAGGUCAUCGGGCAGAUGAAGGAGAAGUUUUCGGCGAAUCAAGAUCAGUGGAAUGAAGUUGAAGCUGGAUUGCCGCAGUGAGAACUCAGUGAGGAAGAAGAUGGUUUACUUCUUGUUAUGAUUUUCUUGUUUCUUGCUCGAAAUACAAUCUUCUGUUUCAGUGUUUUUUUGUUGAAGAAAUUUUGUUGCUGAGUUGCCCUACACAAUCUCGUGUGUAUAAGAAUGUUUGAACAACCAUACAUUGUGCCUUGGCAUUCACUUCUCCGGUCAA